AGCCUAUUUCUUCACUAAUUUAAAUUUAAGACUCCUAUGCACAUCCUCUACAUUUAAGAGUGGAAAAUUCUGGGGAGGUCGGCUUAGUUUCUGGUUUACCAAACUUGAUAAAUCAAGGGCUUGUAAAUAAAACUGAGGAGAUAGAAUCCAUGUCUUUCACUUUUAGGCCUAGGAUAGCCACUAGCCAUGGGUGAUUUGGAAAAGUUUCUGUCAAAGACACUUAAGACUUUGUGAACCUGUUGCUUUUGUGGGCAUGGACAGUGUUGGUCAUAAGCAGUACAUUUUCUCUCCAAACAGAAUUCUUAGUUGCUGUGAGAAGAGAAGGACCAGCAGUAAGGCAUUAGGGGGACCCAUUAUCUGACCAAUAUCCCUGCCCCGAACCCUACCUGCUCUAUUUUCUUUGUAUUUAUCCACUAUCCCUUUUUAAUUUUUGUUGUAGAUCCUUCCCGCCAGAAGAAACUUAUGUUGGGAGAUCAACACCAGCUAGUGCGCUUCUCUAUAAAGCCUCAACGUGUAGGACGGAUUUCACAUGCCCAGAGGCUGUUGAGCAGGCUUCAUGUGCGCUACAGUCAGAGGCCACCUCUUUCUUUGUGGGCCGGAUGGGUCCUUGAGUAAUUGCUGGAAUCCACAAAUACCAAACUAUGGCCAUUGAAGCUGACUUUGGAGGUGGCAACUUUGUUUAUCUUGUUUAUUUUCUUCCUGGAGAUCCUUCUUAAGUGGCUAUCCAACUUUUCCCUUUUCUGGAAGAGUGCCUGGAAUGUCUUUGACUUCGUUGUUACCAUGUUGGUUACAGAUAUUGUUUCCUGAAAGACCACAGUACAGUGUCAGUGGAGCCUCAGGCUGCCUGCAGUGCCCUGACCUCACCUGGCUAUCCCACACAGUUGAGAAUAACCAGAACUCCCCUCUGGUACCAGUGUUCACCUGGAAACAUGGCUCGGAGACUCUGGCCCCUGCUGCUGGUGCUGCUGCUGUCCUUUGCAGUGACUCUGGCCCCUAUGGGUCUCAGUCCCCGGACCCUGGUCUCUCCUUCCUGAAGCCAUUGCUCUCCACUCUGGACCAGGCUUCCCAAGGCUCCCUGAGCCACUCACAGUUCUCUACAUUCCUGGCCAACAUUUCUUCUUCCUUUGAGCCUGGGAGAAUGGGGGAAGGACCGGUAGGAGACCCCCCACCUCUCCAGCCACCUGCUCUCCGGCUUUAUGAUUUUCUAGUGACACUGAGAGGCAGCCCGGACUAGGAGCCAAUGCUAGGGCUGCUGGGGGAUCUGCUGGCACUGCUGGGACAGGAGCAGACUCCCCAAUAUUUCCUGGUGCACCAGGCUGGGGUGCUGGGUGGACUUGUGGAGGUGCUGCUGGGAGCCUUAGUUCCUGGGGGCCCCCCUACCCCAACUCGGCCCCCGUGCACCCGUAAUGGAUCCUCUGACUGUGUCCUGGCUGCUGACUGGUUACCUUCUCUGCUGCUGUUGUUAGAAGACAAGUGCUGGCAAGCUCUGGUGCAGGUGCAGCCCAUUGUGGAUCCCACCAAUGCCAUAGGCCUCGAUGGGAGGGAGGCAGCUCCUCACUUUUUGUAGGGUCUGUUGGGUUUACUUACCCCAACAGGGGAGCUAGGCUCCGAGGAAACGCUUUGGGGCAGUCUGCUACACACAGUGGGAGCCCCCCUCUAUGCUGCCUUUCAGGAGGGGCUGCUCCGUGUCACUCACUCCCUGCAGGAUGAGGUCUUUUCCCUUCUGGGGCAGCCAGAGCCUGAUGCCAAUGGGCAGUGCCAGGAAGGUAACCUUCAACAGCUGCUCUUAUGGGGCGUCCGGCACAACCUUUCCUGGGAUGUCCAGGCGCUGGGCUUUCUGUCUGGAUCACCACCCCCACCCCCUGCCCUCCUUCACUGCCUGAGCACAGGUGUGCCUCUGCCCAGAGCUUCUCAGCCCUCAGCCCACAUCAGCCCACGCCAACGGCGAGCCAUCACUGUGGAGGCCCUCUGUGAGAACCACUCAGGCCCAGCACCACCCUACAGCAUUUCCAACUUCUCCAUCCACUUGCUCUGCCAACACACCAAGCCUGUCACUCCACAGCCCCCUCCCAGCACCACUGCCAUCUGCCAUACCGCUGUGUGGUAUGCAGUCUCAUGGGCAACAGGUGCCCAAGGCUGGCUACAGGCCUGUCAUGACCAGUUUCCUGAUGAGUUUUUGAAUGCGAUCUGUAGUAACCUCUCCUUUUCAGCCCUGUCUGGCUCCAACCGCCGCCUGGUGAAGCGGCUCUGUGCUGGCCUGCUCCCACCCCCUACCAGCUGCCCUGAAGGCCCCCCAUUCCCCCUCACCCCAGACAUCUUUAGGGGCUGCUUCUUGGAGAAUGAAACUCUGUGGCCUGAGUGACUGUAUGGGGAGGCAAGUAUACAGGCUGUGCCCCCCAGCAACCAGGCUUGGGUCCAGCAUGUGUGCCAGGGCCCCACCCCAGAUGUCACUGCUUCCCCACCCUGCCACAUUGGACCCUGUGGGGAACGCUGCCCAGAUGGGGGCAGCUUCCUGGUGAUGAUCUGUGCCAAUGACACCAUGUAUGAUGUCCUGGUGCCCUUCUGGCCUUGGCUAGCAGUCCAGUGCAGGAUAAGUCGUGGGGGCAAUGACACUUGCUUCCUAGAAGGGCUGCUGGGCCUUCUGCCCUCUCUGCCACCACUGGGACCAUCCCCACUCUGUCUGACCCCUGGCCCCUUCCUCCUUGGCAUGCUAUCCCAGUUGCCACGCUGUCUCGUGGCAGCUGUGCCAGCCCUUGCUCACCCCACACGCCUACACUAUCUCCUCCACCUGUUGACCUUCCUCUUGGGUCCAGGGGGGGGCGCUGUGGCCCAGGGGAUGCUGGGUUGGGUCCUACUGCUCUCCAGUCUCCCAGACAACUGCUCCUUCUGGGAUGCCUUUUUGCCAGAGGGCCGGCAUAGUGUGCUGCGGACGAUUGGGGAAUACCUGGAACAAGAGGAGGAGCAGCCAACCCCACCAGGCUUUGAACCCACUGUCAACCCCAGCUCUGGUAUAAGCAAGAUGGAGCUGCUGGCCUGCUUUAGUCCUGUGCUGUGGGAUCUGCUCCAGAGGGAAAAGAGUGUUUGGGCUCUGCAGAUUCUAGUGCAGGCAUACCUGCAUAUGCCCCCAGAAAACCUCCAGCAGCUGGUGCUUUCGGCAGAGAGGGAGGCUGCACAGGGCUUCCUGACACUCAUGCUGCAGGGGAAGCUGCAGGUACCACCAUCUGAGGAGCAGGCCCUGGGUCGCCUGACAGCCCUGCUGCUCCAGCGGUACCCGCGCCUCACCUCCCAGCUCUUCAUUGACCUGUCACCACUCAUCCCUUUCUUGGCUGUCUCUGACCUGAUGCGCUUCCCACCAUCCCUGUUAGUCAACGACAGUGCCCUGGCUGCCAUCGGGGAUUACAGCCCAGGAAUGAGGCCUGAACAGAAGGAGGCUCUGGCAAAGCGUCUACUGGCCCCUGAACUGUUUGGGGAAGUGCCUGCCUGGCCCCAGGAGCUGCUGUGGGCAGUGCUCCCCCUCCUCCCCCACCUCCCUCUGGAGAACUUUCUGCAGCUCAGCCCUCACCAGAUCCAGGCCCUGGAGGAUAGCUGGCCAGCAGCAGGUCUGGGGCCAGGGCAUGCCCGCCAUGUGCUGCGCAGCCUGGUAAACCAGAGUGUCCAGGAUGGUAAGGAGCAGGUGGCAUAUGAACUUCUGGGGGUAUUGCGCUCAUCUGGAGGAGCGGUGCUGAGUCCCCGGGAGCUGCGGGUCUGGGCCCCUCUCUUUCCUCAGCUGGGCCUCCGCUUCCUGCAGGAGCUGUCAGAGCCCCAGCUUAGAGCCAUGCUUCCUGUCCUGCAGGGAGCUAGUGUUACACCUGCUCAGGCUGUCCUGCUGCUUGGACGGCUCCUUCCUAGGCAUGAUCUAUGCCUGGAGGAACUCUGCUCCUUGCAUCUUCUGCUGCCUGGCCUCAGCCCCCAGACACUCCAGGCCAUCCCUAGGCGAGUCCUGGUUGGGGCUUGUUCCUGCCUGGCCUCUGAACUGUCACGCCUCUCAGCCUGCCAGACCGCAGCACUACUGCAGACCUUUCGGGUGCUGGUCCAGCUGUGUGUAUCCCUGGUCAGUCCAGACUCUCACCUAUCACUACACUGCUAUACCCAUUGCUGCCAGCAGCCUGUUCCCACCACCUGGCCAGACUGCCUGCUUCCCCUGCUCCCAUUAAAGCUGCUACAACUCCAAAGGAGUCUUCCACUCUCAGGGGAAGUGCUGGAGACCUUAGGCCCUUUGGUUGGAUUCUUGGGGAUAGAGAGCACACGACAGAUCCCCCUACAGAUCCUGCUGUCCCAUCUCAGUCAGCUGCAGGGUUUCUGCCUAGGAGAGACAUUUGCCACAGACCUGGGAUGGCUGCUAUUGCAGGAGUCUGUUCUUGGGAAACCAGAGUUGUGGAGCCAGGAUGAAGUAGAGCAAGCUGGACGCCUAGUAUUCACUCUGUCUACUGAGGCAAUUUCCUUGAUCCCCAGGGAGGCCUUGGGUCCAGAGACCUUGGAGCGGCUUCUAGAAAAGCAGCAGAGCUGGGAGCAGAGCACAGUUGGACAGCUGUGUAGGUGGCCACAGCUGGCUGCGAAGAAAGCAGCCCUGGUAGCAGGGGUGAUGUGACCAGCUGCUGAGGAUCUUCCAGAACCUGUGCCAAAUUGUGCAGAUGUACGAGGGACAUUCCCAGCAGCCUGGUCUGCAACCCAGAUUGCAGAGAUGAAGCUCUCAGACUUUGAGGACUGCCUGACACUAUUUGCAAAAGAUGCAGGACUUGGGCCCAAGGAAUUGUGGGCAGCCAUGGGCAAAGCAAAACAGUUGUGGGGUCCCCCCCGGGGAUUUCGUCCUGAGCAGAUCCUGCAGCUCGGUUGGCUCUUAAUAGGUCUAGGAGAUCGGGAACUACAGGAGCUGAUCCUAGUGGACUGGGGAGUACUCAGCACCCUGGGGCAGAUAGAUGGCUGGAGCUCCACUCAGCUCCGUGUUGUGGUCUCCAGUUUCCUACGGCAGAGUGGUCGGCAUGUGAGCCACCUGGACUUCAUUCAUCUGACAGCGCUGGGUUAUACGCUCUGUGGACUGCGGCCAGAGGAGCUCCAGCACAUCAGCAGUUGGGAGUUUAGCCAAGCAGCUCUCUUCCUGGGCAGCCUGCAUCUCCAGUGCUCUGAAGAACAACUGGAGGUUCUGGCCAACCUCCUUGUACUGCCUGGUGGCUUUGGCCCAAUCAGUAACUGGGGGCCUGAGAUCUUCACUGAAAUUGGCACCGUAGCAGCUGGGAUCCCAGACCUGGCUCUUUCAGCACUGCUGCAGGGACAGAUCCAGGGCCUUACUCCUCUUGCCAUUUCUGUCAUCCCUCCUCCUAAAUUUGCUGUGGUGUUUAGUCCCACCCAACUAUCUAGUCUCACCAGUACUCAGGCUGUGGCUGUCACUCCUGAGCAAAUGGCCUUUCUGAGUCCUGAGCAGCGACGAGCAGUUGCAUGGGCCCAGCAUGAGGGGAAGGAGAGCCCGGAACAGCAAGGUCGAAGUACAGCCUGGGGCCUCCAGGACUGGUCACAACCUUCCUGGUCCCUGGUAUUGACUAUCAGCUUCCUUGGCCACCUGCUCUGAGCCUGUCUCUACAGUAGAAGGAGAUUGUGGGGAGAGAAAUCUUAAGUCAUAAUGAAUAAAGUGCAAACAGAAGUGCAUCCUGAUUAUUUUCAGAAGCUGAUGAGGAAUAUGGGUAAAAUGUUAAUGCUUUCCACCCACCUGAGAAUCAGUGUUCCCAGGAUGCCAUAUCUGGAGUCUCUUUCCAUCAUAAAUAAUCCCACUGCCUCUUUUCAUUUCCUGAAGCCUGCUCCCCUCCUCACCCCACCAUUAGAAAUAACAGACAGCUGCAGC